AUGACCUUACACCAGCCUCAUGAGUCUCAUAAUUCCUUCCAGCCUCAUGUUCACCUGAUCAUCCUUGAUACAACUUUACAUCUUGCGCCACAUAUCAUUCUUGUGGCGCUACUUUCCGGUGGACUGCCCUUUCGCACCAUAUUUUACGGCCGCUCAACCCCAAAUCUUCUAAUACGUCCACCGCCUUUACGGCACUGGAAAGAUCUUGAGGAUACUAAACCUGAUGAACGACAAUUUGACGGAUGUUAUGGAGUUACCGUUUAUCUGCAACAAAAGCUGGUGAACAUGAAGCGACAGCUUCAAUACCAUCGUCUUUUGUUCGAUUUUCAUAGAAUAAACAACCAUGAUCAAGUACAAGAUCCUCCAGUUAAAAACGAGAUCAUAAACGAUCAAAAUGUUGGUGGAUCGAGUAAUACCACGACUGAUCAGAUAGAUCUAUGA